GAGCAUGCACUUGCAGCCAUUUUCUGCUCUUUGUGUGGGGUGGAUUAGCGGAUAGAGACCGAACCCAGAGCAUCAAUUCUACUACACCGAGCAAACGCUAUUUCACACAGUUUCUCCCCGCUUUGCAGUGACCGCCCGUUAGUUUAGGAGCGGACAUGCAAUUAGCAGAUUGGGCUGUUUUGUGAGUGAACCUGUGUCGCCAUGACAACCCACGUGACCCUGGAGGAUGCCCUGUCCAAUGUGGACCUGCUGGAGGAGCUUCCCCUCCCAGACCAGCAGCCAUGCAUCGAACCCCCACCAUCCUCCAUAAUGUACCAGGCAAACUUUGACACCAACUUCGAGGACAGAAAUGCGUUUGUCACUGGUAUUGCCCGCUACAUUGAACAGGCCACUGUGCACUCCAGCAUGAAUGAAAUGCUGGAGGAGGGGCACGAGUAUGCCGUCAUGCUGUACACCUGGAGGAGCUGCUCCAGAGCCAUUCCUCAGGUGAAGUGCAACGAGCAGCCAAACCGAGUGGAGAUCUAUGAGAAGACUGUGGAGGUGCUGGAACCGGAGGUCACCAAGCUCAUGAAAUUCAUGUACUUCCAGCGUAAGGCCAUUGAACGUUUCUGCAGCGAGGUAAAGCGACUGUGUCAUGCCGAACGCAGGAAGGACUUUGUGUCCGAGGCCUACCUCCUCACUUUAGGAAAGUUCAUCAACAUGUUUGCUGUGCUGGACGAACUGAAGAACAUGAAGUGCAGUGUAAAAAAUGACCACUCUGCUUACAAGAGGGCAGCUCAAUUCCUGAGAAAGAUGGCUGACCCACAGUCCAUCCAAGAGUCCCAAAACCUCUCUAUGUUUUUAGCCAAUCACAACAGAAUUACACAGUGUCUGCACCAGCAGCUGGAGGUGAUCCCAGGUUAUGAGGAGCUGCUGGCUGAUAUUGUCAACAUCUGUGUGGAUUACUAUGAGAACAAGAUGUACCUGACCCCCAGUGAGAAACACAUGCUGCUAAAGGUCAUGGGUUUUGGCCUUUACUUGAUGGACGGAAAUGUCAGCAACAUCUACAAGCUGGAUGCAAAGAAAAGGAUAAACCUUAGCAAAAUCGACAAGUUCUUUAAGCUUCAGGUUGUUCCCCUGUUUGGAGACAUGCAGAUCGAGCUGUCACGGUACAUAGAAACAAGUGCCCACUAUGAAGAGAACAAGUCCAAGUGGACCUGCACUCAGAGCAGCAUCAGUCCACAGUAUAACCUAUGCGAGCAAAUGGUGCAGAUCAGAGACGACCACAUCCGCUUCAUCUCUGAGCUGGCACGCUACAGUAACAGUGAGGUGGUCACUGGAUCCGGGCUGGACAGUCAGAAGUCUGAUGAGGAAUACAGGGAGCUUUUUGACCUGGCACUCAGAGGACUGCAGCUUCUGUCCAAAUGGAGCACCCAUGUCAUGGAAGUGUACUCUUGGAAACUAGUCCACCCGACUGAUAAGUUCUGCAACAAGGACUGUCCGGGCACAGCUGAGGAAUACGAGCGCGCCACACGCUACAACUACACCAGCGAGGAGAAGUUUGCCUUGGUGGAGGUCAUUGCUAUGAUCAAGGGUCUUCAGGUUCUGAUGGGACGGAUGGAGAGUGUGUUCAACCAGGCCAUCAGGCACACAAUCUACGCCGCCCUGCAGGACUUCGCACAAGUGACCCUGAGAGAGCCACUCCGACAGGCUGUGCGCAAGAAAAAGAACGUCCUCAUUAGUGUACUUCAGGCAAUUCGUAAAACCAUCUGUGAUUGGGAAGGAGGAAGAGAACCCCCUAAUGACCCCUGUCUGAGGGGAGAGAAGGACCCCAAAGGAGGAUUUGACAUUAAAGUUCCUCGUCGUGCUGUUGGCCCCUCAAGCACACAGCUCUACAUGGUUCGCACCAUGCUGGAGUCUCUCAUCGCUGAUAAAAGUGGCUCUAAGAAGACUCUUCGCAGCAGUCUGGAUGGCCCUAUUGUUCAGGCCAUAGAGGACUUCCACAAGCAGUCUUUCUUCUUCACCCAUCUCCUGAACUUUAGUGAGGCCCUGCAGCAGUGCUGUGAUCUGUCCCAACUGUGGUUCCGAGAGUUCUUUUUAGAGCUCACCAUGGGCCGUCGCAUCCAGUUCCCAAUUGAGAUGUCCAUGCCUUGGAUCCUCACCGACCACAUUCUGGAGACCAAAGAGCCCUCCAUGAUGGAAUAUGUGUUGUAUCCGUUGGACCUUUAUAAUGAUAGUGGUUAUUAUGCCCUCACCAAAUUCAAGAAGCAGUUCCUCUAUGAUGAAAUAGAGGCUGAGGUCAACCUGUGUUUCGAUCAGUUUGUGUACAAGUUAGCGGACCAGAUAUUUGCCUACUACAAAGCAAUGGCUGGAAGUGUCCUCCUAGACAAACGCUUUCGUGCAGAGUGUAAGAACUACGGUGUGAUCAUUCCUUACCCGCCUUCAAACCGUUAUGAGACACUGCUCAAACAGAGACAUGUGCAGCUGCUGGGUCGCUCCAUUGACCUGAACAGAUUGAUAACCCAGAGGAUCUCAGCAGCCAUGUACAAAUCCCUGGAUCAGGCCAUUAGCCGCUUUGAGAGCGAGGACCUCACCUCCAUAGUGGAGCUUGAAUGGCUGAUGGAAAUCAACAGGUUGACUCAUCGCCUGCUUUCGAAGCACAUGACCCUAGACAGUUUUGAUGCCAUGUUCCGUGAGGCCAAUCACAAUGUGUCUGCUCCAUACGGCCGUAUCACACUGCACGUCUUCUGGGAGCUCAAUUUUGACUUCUUACCUAACUACUGUUACAAUGGCUCCACCAACAGGUUUGUGCGGACAGCCAUUCCCUUUACCCAGGAGCCUCAGAGGGACAAACCUGCCAAUGUCCAGCCUUACUACUUGUAUGGCUCCAAGCCUCUGAACAUUGCCUACUCCCACAUCUACAGUUCCUACAGGAACUUUGUAGGUCCUCCGCACUUCAAAACAAUCUGCCGUCUUCUUGGUUACCAAGGCAUCGCUGUGGUGAUGGAGGAGCUGCUCAAGAUAGUCAAGAGCUUGUUGCAAGGCACCAUCCUGCAGUAUGUGAAAACCCUCAUAGAGGUGAUGCCCAAGAUCUGCCGUCUCCCUCGUCAUGAGUACGGAUCACCAGGCAUCCUGGAGUUCUUUCACCAUCAGCUGAAGGACAUCAUUGAGUACGCUGAGCUGAAGACAGAUGUGUUUCAGAGUCUGAGAGAAGUGGGCAAUGCCAUCCUCUUCUGUUUGCUCAUCGAGCAAGCUCUGGUGGUAAGGAAUUAGGCCUCAUUCAUGUAACCGAACCACAAACUGACUGAACGCACACUCUUCCUGGUUUUUAUACUUUUUCUUUAGUCACUUUUGUGCCGUGUUCUGCCAUGGAUUCAAGGAGGUUAGCGUCACCGAAACGAGAGAAUAAAAGUCGAAAUGUAAAACGGCGCUGUGAACGACUCUGCACGUGCCCACUGGGUUAAUAUUAAGAGGCUUCUUUAGGAGCAUUUCCUCCAAAGGAAGUCUUCCUUGCUUUCAUGGCAGUCACGACUCCUCUCUGGCUGCCUGUGACGUCCCGUGCUGGUGCACAUCUGCUUCCAUACACUUCUCUUCUUCUGACUGUAACUCUUCUGAUGCCUGUUUCUCUUGUGUUUCUGUUUGGGUCUCUCUCUCUCUCUGAAGCAUAGUGAAUGUGUCGGAUGAUCAUUGCACGCUGAUCUCUCAUUAACAUUGUUUCUGUCAGGGUGCUCUUCUGGUCGUCUCUCUCUUCUUGUUUGGGUGUUGUUCGGUGCUUGUUUUAUUAUUGUGAAUGAAGUGAUUUUUGCUCAAAUUUGUGUACCUCAUUGAUUUGAAGGUCAUUGCCAUGAGACCUUUAAACUUUCACAUUGCAUUUGAUUUAGGGUUUACACCACCUGCAACAAUAAUAAUUUAUUUAUCACAUAUUUUAGAUCUUUCUGUGUUUAUAAUAAAUGUUGAUGUAGAGUUCAUAUUAAUAGUUAGGUGUUGGUGGAUUGGGCAUUCACAUGGCCCAUUUUUGUGUUAAAAAACAGCUAGAUGGGGUAUAACAGACUGAAACGUAAAAUACACAAGUCUCAAGACUUUUUUUUUUAUGUUAAUGUCUUAAAAAUGUUGUUCAAGCCACAAAAUGCUAUGGGGCAUGUCAUGACAACGAAGGACAAUCUGCAUGCAAGCAUAGACCAACUUUAAAAAAUAGCAUUAAAUCAGUGAAAUAAGGAAUAUGCCACUCUAUAGGGUAACCAACAUAUCUUCAAUAAAUAUAUAAAAUCUGUAUUGCACAGAACUACUAAAUUCCUCACAAAAAUAUGCGUAUUAUAAAUAAAUAUGUAUACUUAUGUAUAUUAAUAAAUAUGUAAAUAUUUAUAUAAUUUAUAUAAGUAAUAUAAAUAUCUAAUAAAUACGAGCAUAAUAAUAGAAUAAUAUAUGCAUAAUAAUAGAAAUGCUGUUCAUAACAGGUGAUUUAAAGGGGUUUUUUUUUAAUGGUUUCAGAUUUCAAGUAGAACCAAGCUUUUUGUGAUCAAAUUAUUGGAUGAGAUCGGGUCGGAAAUUAAUUAGGGCUUGUGGCAAAAAUGCCACCGAAAUGAACAAAAAUGUCCCAUAAAUUCAAGACAAAGAGGCAAAAAAUGCCCCUGCACAAUUCAUCAACGUAUUACGGCUGUCGCAAUUAAUAUUAAAUGUAAAAAUGAAUAAAAAAGUGCCAAUUCGCAGAAUUAGAUUCACUCACAUUGCAUCUAACUGCUUUUACACACUGUUUUGUGCAGCAUUGACUCUUAUAAUCAAUCAAACACAUUUCUGUUGAACUUAGGAAUGCAUUGGCCAAUCAGAGGUGCUUAGAUUAGUCAGCGCUGAAAACUUUGAGUGUGCACGCUCGCAAAUUCUGAAAUGAAACAAAAGCAUUUUAUAUUGUUUUCUACAAUAUUGUUUGGAAAUGCCUUAGAAAAGUGGAGUUUUGGACAAUAUUGGCAUGAAUCCUUUUUAAUUAGUGAUAAUUUUGCACUGAUAAGUGACAACACAAACUAUGAACACUUUUUUUUUUUUUUUACAUAAACAGUUUAUACAUAGAAAAAAAUACAUUUUCAAAAUAUCCACCGUUAGCAGCUAUUAAAGCUCUACAUAAUCUGGGCCUAAAUUCAUUGUAUUCUAAACUUAAUUGGCAAUCAGUUGUUGAAGUUAUUAAGGUGUGCUGACCCAAAAAUCUUUUAAAAACCUGGGCCAGGUUUAAACCAGUAAGCAGGCAUCACAGCUGGCAAAGGGGCAUGUGUGACUUUGACAUGUAUAUAUUGCCAUUAUUAUGUAAUCAAAAUGAAAAUUAUUAUUGCUGGUCUUCAAUGAUAAUGUCAAGUUACUUUAAUGUAUUUGCACCAAAAAAUGAUAAGGAUUUAUGCUGAUAUCGUCUAAAACCACACUUUGCCAGGGCUGUUUCCAAACUUUUGAAGGGCAGUGUAUAAAGAGCAAUAAUCUACUAAAAUGAUUUUUGUCACAAUAUUGCAGCCCUUAUGAAAGCCCUCCUGUUUUUACAUGUAUAAUUUCAGUACAAUUUAACGAAGUCUGUUGUUAUUCACAACAACUUAAAAUAUUGAUUAUUUAAAUUUAAACAUUUGAGAUUGAAGACAUCGUAGAAUGGUUUUUAUGAUAAUAAUAAUAAGGUGAUUAUAAUAGUUGACCUCACAAAUGUAAAAAAUACCCCUGGAAAUCAAUUGAGAUCCUUUUAUCAGUCCUAUAUUUGGUGUAAUCAUUUACCGUUAUUCAGACAAAGCUUCUCAUUCAACAUGAAUUCCACACAAAUAUCAUCAUAUUUAGAAUCAAAAUGUUACAUUUUAACAUUUUCAUACAUAUUACGACUAACCCAUUUUUACACUAAUGUGUGUUGUUUGUGUUAUGUACAGCUUGAUUCAGAUUUCAUUGAACAGUGUGAUUAAAAAAGCGUUUCUCAUUUGUUCCUCAUCAUGUUUCUGUGCUGUU